GUGCCACAACUGUUGAGCCCAUGCGCCACAACUAUUGAAGCCCUCGUGCCUAGAGCCCAUGCUCCCCAACAGGAGAAGCACCGCAAUGAGAAGCCCGCACACCACAAUGAAGAGUAGCCCCCGCUCACCGCAGCUAGAGAAAGCCCGUGCGCAGCAACGAAGACCCAACGCAGCCAAAAAUAAAUAAAUUUAUUUAAAAAGAAGAAAAGUGAACGAAACACACUUUGGGAAGUGUUUCUCUAGGACUCAAAAAACUAAAUGCCCUCCCGGAUUUCGAAUCUGGUGUCACUGAGUGACUGUCUCUGAACAACUCAGCACAUAGACUGAAUCACUCCUUCAACAACAGAUUAACGUUGGCAAAGGUCAAGGACUAACCAAACUGGCAAAAGGAUGUCCUAUGGGUCUCUACGGGAUGUUCUUGAGUGUGCAUUCUUAAGAUUCCUGUUGUCAUUCAAAUUAUGGACGACUGGCCAGGGUACGACUUGAAUUUGUUCACGUACCCACAGCACUAUUACGGAGAUUUGGACUAUGUCCUCAUCCCUCACGGCAUCGUUGUGGACAGAAUUGAACGGCUGGCUAAGGAUAUUAUGAAAGACAUAGGAUACUGUGACAUUAUGGUCCUGUGUGUACUUAAAGGAGGCUACAAGUUCUGUGCAGAUCUGGUAGAACACCUUAAGAACAUCAGUCGAAAUUCCGAUAGAUUUGUCUCUAUGAAGGUUGAUUUCAUCAGACUAAAAAGUUACAGGAACGACCAGUCCAUGGGCGAGAUGCAGAUCAUUGGAGGUGAUGAUCUCUCAGCACUGGCCGGAAAGAAUGUCCUCAUUGUCGAGGAUGUUGUCGGAACUGGGAGGACCAUGAAAGCGUUGCUCGGUAGCAUAGAGAAAUACAAGCCCAACAUGAUUAAGGUGGCCAGUUUGUUGGUGAAGAGAACACCUAGAAGUGAUGGCUUUAGACCUGACUAUGCUGGAUUUGAGAUCCCAAACUUAUUUGUGGUGGGUUAUGCCUUAGAUUACAAUGAAUACUUCAGAGAUCUGAACCACAUAUGUGUGAUCAAUGAACACGGCAAAGAAAAGUAUCGAGUCUAAAGAAGUAAUUUUCACCAUCGAAUCUACAGAUAACAUCCUACUUACGACUACACUCAGGAAGCCAGCAUGUAAAGUUUGUCUCCCAGGCAUGUUCGCUCAGCAGGAUUUAAAAGGAAAAAAAAUUUUUAAUGAGCGAGCUUUCUUUUCUGAGAUUAUAACGUAACAUGAAGAGUCCCAAAGGGUCUUAAGAAAAAGAAAGCAAUUCUUUUGUUUGACUUGUUCCAAAUUAAACACUCUGCCUUGCGACUCAAACUGCCUUCGCACCCCUGAGAUACACCUUCUUUUGUUCUGAUAAAGUCGUUAUGCUUGAUUACUAUACCGCCACCUAGUUACUCAAAUAUUUUUCACUUAACUUUUUUUUUUAAUCCUUUACUUUGGUAAUAUUUUGCAAUCUUAAAACCCGGAAGCCUUUUUAUUGAACCUCUGAGCCCAUGUACUGGAACUGCAAGUAAGAUUCCCAUCCUAAUAAAGGAGGGAAAGGACAAUUUAAUAUAAAUUUCUGUUUGUGCACUUCUGACAGGCCAUUAUUAUCUGCUUUGACAAAGUCUUUCUGAACAGCAGCGUACAAUGAAUCUUAAUGAUGUUAUGAAAUGGGCCUUUGCCCAGUGCUCUUGAUCGGAGCUUCCGGAUGUGAUAACGGUAUGUCAUGUAUGCUUGGAUGUACUCAACUGUGUUUAAUACUCUGAAUUUUAAUUAGAAAAAAUACAAUGGCAGCAAGGCCCUGGUUUCUAAGCGGCAUCCUUUUAUUCACGCAGGACAUGAGAAACAGCAAAUCGGGGGUGGAGGGAGAAGUGUUUUCAGUGCUCAGAACCGAGCAAGUAUAAAUUUUUCAUGUAUUUCCAUCAGAGGGCAAGACGCUAUUAUGUAUUAUCCUAAAGAAGAAUACAGAGGUUGAGUUAUUUUUUUAAGUGGCCUUAAGAGACUGAUCACACGACCCAACGCGCUAUAGAAAACUAGGAUACUUAAGAAAGUUUUUUCUGAAUAACAUUUUUUUUCCAUUUCCACUGUUUUAUGAGUGGUUUUCUAAUUUAUGGGGAUUUUAAUAGAAAAUAAACUUGAGUGCCAAUAGAGCUGUUUUUUCUCACUUCCUAAAAGGAGCAAAUGCAAAAUAAAUAACUAAGCAGCCUUUGUUUGGUUCUGAACCGUAUGUGGUGUAUUGUUAUCGGGUUCCAGCUUCCUUUAAACUAAUAAAGAAUAAGAAAACUUGUUAUGUCUCAUAA